AUGGAUCAAUCUGCCACGACGGCUGCAUUUGUCUCAGGAAUGAAGGAAGAUCUCCAGCUCUACGGUAAUGAACUGGUAGAAUUUACGACAUAUUUCUCCAUCGGAUAUGCCAUCUUUAUCGUCCCAUCCCAAAUCAUCCAAACUCGAGUCCGACCAUCCAUAUUUCUACCAAUUUGUGAGAUUAUCUGGGGUCUUUUUACUCUAUUCACAUACAAAGCACCAAAUGCCAAGACUAUCUUUGCGCUAAGGUUUUUCCUUGGAGUAUUUGAGUCUACUUCCUGGCCUGGUAUCGUGAACCUGAUAUUCAAUUGGUAUCGUCCCGAAGAACUUGGUAAACGUCUAGCCAUUUUCGGUGUCAGUGGUGUCGCAGGAAACAUGUUCCUCGGCAUCCUCCAAGCCGCACUCUACAAAAACCUCGACGGUGUCUCAGGUCACGCUGGCUGGCAAUGGCUGUUCAUCAUCAGUGGUCUACUCGUCAUUCCUGAUUCGCCAGCUAUUACAAGAGCUCUCUGGCUCACCGACGCUGAGAAAGAGCUUUCCCGCCUUCGUAUGAGCGACUGUGGUGUCAAGACAUCCAGUAUCAUUCCGUUCAAGACUCUCGUCCACAAGCUCAAGCUUCUUGUCUUGAGUCCAAUAUCGUAUUUGUUUCUUGCGGCAUAUCUUCAAUUCGCAUGGAGUCAACGCGCAAACUCGUACUUUCUGCUUUUCCUCAAGGGAUUAACCAACGCAGACGGAACACCUCGUUAUUCAGUAUACACAGUCAACCUCAUCCCACUCGGAGGAUAUGGUAUCAGUAUAGUGUGCAAUAUCGGCCUUAAUGCCCUUAGCGAUUGGAAAGCCUGGCGCUGGCAGGUUAGUGUUGGGGCUGCCGCAAUUCAACUCAUCGCGACGUCUGUUCUUUCAGCCUGGCCCGAUUCUUGGAGGACGAUCAUGGGGUUCUACUUCCUUACUUUUGCCACUGCAGCUUGGGGAUAUGCAUUGCUGGCUUGGCUGGGUGAUAUACUGAGAAAGGAGCCUGAAGUGCGAUCUAUCCUGGUGGCGAUUGCUAUAACAUUGGUUUAUGUCGGGCACGCAACUAUUCCUCUCCGAGCUUGGCGUGUGAGUGACUCACCUAGAUACCCAGUUGGGUUUCCUUUGGCAGCUGCAUUUAGUGCUGGAAGUAUCCUUGCUAUUUUGGGUAUUCUGUUUUAUGUGCGGAAAUACCCUCAGGUCAUGCAAUGGGGACUAGAUCCUGAAAAUGAAAUUACAGCUGAAGAAGAGGGUGCUCCAGAAAGCAAUGACAGGAAGGAACCGAAUGAACGAAGCAUUCAGGUGUGA